CCCCCCAUCACCCCCGAUGAUCCUCAGUCGACUCGUCCGCCGGAUCAAGCCCACCGCUGCCUUCAUCUGCCCAAAGCGACCCUUCCUCUUCCCUCCCGUUCGCUCCAAUAUGUCCGAAUACCCUGCCAUCCGCCGCGACGAGUCCGUCACCGAGAGUCUCCACGGCAACAUCAUCAAGGAUCCUUACCGAUGGCUCGAAGAUCCCGAUGCGCCCGAAACAGUCGAGUUCGUCAACAACCAAAACACGUUCUUCCAGUCCAUCAUCGCCAAGAACACCUGGAAGGAGACCUUCCGCGAGCGUUUGACCAAGAUGUUCAACUACGAGAGAUUCGGCUGCCCCUUCAAGCGUGGCGACAGCUACUACUACUUCCACAACAGUGGCCUUCAGGCCCAGUCUGUCCUCUACAAGCAGGACUCGCUUACGGGCGAGCCCAAAGUCUUCUUUGAUCCCAACACCCUUUCCGAAGAUGGCACCGUCUCCCUCAACACUUAUAGCUUCUCGGAGUCGGGCGAUCUGUUUGCCUAUGCCCUCUCGGCCAGCGGCAGUGACUGGGUCACCAUCCACGUCAAGAGCACCAAGGAUGGUGCCACUGGAGAGGUUGAUGAUCCGGUUCACUGGGCCAAGUUCACGAGCAUCGAAUGGACCCACGACGAGAAGGGAUAUUUCUACACCAGCUAUCCCAAGCCCGAGAAUGUCUCGGGCGACAAGGCUGGCACUGAAACCAACCAGAACACAAACGCUGCGCUGUACUAUCACCGCAUCGGCAAGCCGCAGAGCGAGGACGUCUUGAUCUGGAAGGACCCCGAGCACCCGCAGUACAUGCCCGGCAGCGUGGUGUCCGACGACGGAAAGUACCUGAUUGUCAGCAUCAGCGAGAGCUGCGAUCCCGCCAACCUGGUCUACUACUUUGACCUUGAGGCCAAUGGCAUCAAUGAACGCCCCCAGUUCGUCGCUGUCAAGGACAAAUUUGAGUACUCGUACUCGUACAUCACCAACGAGGGAUCGGUCUUCUAUUUCACGACCACCGAUGGUGCUCCCAAGCGCCGUGUUGUCAAGUAUGACAUCAACAACACGGAGGCAGGCUUCAUCGAAGUUGUCCCUGAGCGGGAUGACCUGCUCGAAGACGUCAGCGUCAUCGAUCACAACAAGCUCGUGCUGAUCUACCUCCAGGACGUCAAGAGUGUUGGCUAUCUCUACAGCCUCGAGGGAUCGCAGCUUGCCAAGUUGCCUCUCCCCGUCGGUGUCAUCGUGAGCUCGCUGUCGAGCAAAAAGAAGAGCAAGGAACUCUUUUACAGCGUCAUCAGCUUCCUCAGCCCCGGCGUCAUCUACCGCUACGAUGUCGACACUCUGGAGCAGACCGUGUUCCGACAGGUUCACCUCGAAGGCUUCGACGACAGUCAGUUCGAAACCAAGCAGGUUUUCUAUCCUAGCAAGGACGGAACAAAGAUCCCCAUGUUUAUCAUCUCCCGCAAGGGCAUCGCUCUGGACGGCUCGCAUCCUGCCCUGCUCUAUGGCUACGGUGGCUUCAACAUCUCUGUGACCCCCACCUUCAACGUCACUUGGCUCACCUUUAUCCAGAAUCUCGGGGGUGUCGUUGCCGUAGCCAACAUCCGCGGCGGAGGCGAAUACGGCGAAGAAAAGUGGUAUAACCAGGGCAAGCUCUUCAAGAAGCAGAACUGCUUUGACGAUUUCCAGCACGCCGCCAAGCACCUAGUUUCUGGAGGCUACACAACUUCGUCCAAGCUGAUCAUCAACGGCGGCUCCAACGGCGGCCUCCUGAUCGGCGCUUGCGUCAACCAGGCCCCCGAACUGUUUGGUGUUGGCAUCGCCGAUGUCGGCGUUAUGGAUGUUGUCCGCUUCCACAAGUUCACCAUCGGCCACGCCUGGGUCUCGGACUACGGCAACCCCGACAAGAAGGAGGAUCUGGAGUAUAUCCUCAGCUACUCGCCUCUCCACAACGUGCAGUCUACCAAGCCCUAUCCCGCUGUUCUGCUGUGCACCAGCGACCACGACGAUCGCGUAGUUCCUCUCCACUCGUACAAGCUGAUUGCGGAGCUGCAGCACACUGCGCGCAACAACCCGCAGCCACUUUGCAUCCGCAUCGAGACCAAGGCUGGCCACGGCGCUGGUAUGAGCACCAAGCAGAGAAUCGACGCUGCUACCGACAAGUUUGCCUUUGCCGGCGCCGUCCUGGGCCUGGAGUGGAGGGCUUAAGAGUGACAUCGAGAGAAUUAUCUCGUCCCGAGAUCCGCCGCAGCCUAAUGGAGCGGCAGCAGGUGUCGCCUUUGCAUUACCGACCGAGGCAAUGCAUGUGAAACGGGUGCACCGGCUCGGUGAGAUGAGCGCAUGAGCAAUGGCUGCAUAUCUAUUUCAAUA